CGCAACAAAUCAACAAAAUUAAGUCGGCGGAAAGCUUACUUAGCGAUACGUGAUCUUUGUAGAUAUAAACGGCAGUUUCUUUAGUUAUUCAAAUUUCAAUUGUCAACCCUAAGCUUGUGGUAGGACGAAUUGUAAAUAGGAAUAACCACUAUACCUUUGUUAAGCUAUAAUUGACUUACGUAAUGACUUUUCCGUAUUAGUUUUAUUUAUUUAGGUUCCUUAAUUUAAAAAACACUAAAGUAAAAGUAAGCACUAAAUUCAGGCGCGCGGCAGUCGAAAAUGGAUGCACCGAGUACAUUUUCACCUCGGCGAAAUAAUUCCAGCAACGGAGUGUCGACACCAGCUUUAGACGAUCACAGCCUUCAGGCUGAGGCAAGGAAGGCCGGGAUCUUUGGAUUAAUAGCAGUUCUGUCGUUUUUGUUGAACUCACUGUUCUGUGUGAUUAUGAUGAAGAAACCUGCCAUGUUGAAAAGACCACACAACAUUCUUUUGUUCUCUUUGGCAAUCACAGAUCUACUAACAGGUAUCUUCAUUCCUCUUACUCCCGGCUAUGUUAUCAGCAUCGACUCAUUUCCAGUUCCGCGCGGUUUAGCUGGUGAACUCUUCUGUCGUGUUCUCAGUAGUAGGCAUGCUCUGUUCACAUUGGGAAAAGUCUCCAUUUUAAAGGUCACGUGCCUGGCUAUCGAUAGGUGGUACUGUAUUUUUCGACCCAUUAUGUACAAGCGUUACUUCACGCGAAAGAGGAUCUUUCUUUACAUCCUGGCUAUUUGGGUUUGUUCUUGUUUUCUGCAGAUCAACAAAUUUUUUGAGUGGAAAUUGUAA